CAAAAAUAAAUCGUCAAGAGUCGAGGCGUUGAAGUUUGUUUUCACUUUUAUUUUGUUAUUAUAUUGUAAAUUGUAGUUGUUUCCCUAUUGAAAAUAAACAUGGCUAUAAGAAUACUCAGUUGGUUCGGUCUAGUAACUAUUAUCAUCACUGGAUUGUUUGGUAUUGGCUUCUAUUUAACGUUUCUUGCGUUCAUCGUCUCUUUUCUGGCUGGGGUAAUAACAAUUUUAUAUUUCUCCUAUGACCAAAAGAAGAUAUUUCCAGUUGAUUUAGACUGUCUGGAUGACCCCUUGCAACAGUCAAACUUUUCUAUUCAAGUACCAAAGGUAUUAGAACUAUUUCAAAAGGAAACUUCUUUGCCGAAGUAUGAUAACCGGAUCACAGGCAGCGAGACUGUGGACUCUUUCCUAAAUGAGAUAAUAACAAUAAUCAUUAAUGACUAUGUGACUCCAUGGUAUGAGAUUCUAACGAGUGACGAGGAGCUUACAAACCAUUCCAUAAAACGAUUGGUGCUGGCAGCUGGUGCUAAUGUAGCUAAUAGAGUCAAAUGUGUGGAUUGGAUCCACCUGCUCUCCACCCGUGUUCCAGAGGAACUGACCACCCAUUUGAAACUGUUUAAACAGUCAAGAGUGAGACUCAAACAUGUAGAUCUGAUGAGUGCCAAAGAAGUGUCCAAUGGUUCAUCUAGACCAAGUCCUAAGAAACAAGAUGAAAAGAAGACACAUAGGAGAAAUAAAAGUGAAACUGAUUUAUCUUGGCCUCCAGAGGCUCAAACAUUUGGGAAAUCGAAAUUUUACGACAGUUCAGAGAACAUAAGUGGGAAGACACUCAAAGAUAUAUUUUUUGAACUGGAGUGCUCCAUAGAGAAUAGACAGAUCUGUCGGGAUAUUUACUGUAUGGACCCUGAAAAAGAAUAUGAAUUACUUUGCGAAGUUUCCGAAGCUGUGCUGUAUCUAGUCGCACCGGAGGAGGCCUGGCGAUGUCACGCACUUAAACUAAUACUCAUAGAACUGUUAUCAGCUGUUGUUCUACGACCCAUGAUUAACUUGCUUAGCGACCCUGAUAAUAUCAACAGAACCAUUCUUAGAAGUUGCUGUCGAGACUCCUGUUUGCCAUCAGAGCUGUUCCUAGUGGUAAUACGAUGCUGCACCGACGCCGAAGAGUUGGAUGCCACUGUGGAACUAGUGCAGAAGGAUAUACAGAAAUUGCAUUCCAGAGAUAGUGCAGGCGAAUGGGAACUACAGGACCGUCAAAAGCUUUCUUCCUUACAAUAUUUAAGCCGCAUCAUUCAAGCACGGCGAGCGACAUUAGGUCCUCAAGAAGGGCUGGCUCAUACAACUAACGUAGAUAAAGUAUCGGAAGAAGUAUCGAGAUCAUUGAAGUUUCUACGAGCGACCACCGCUUGGAGAUCAAACGCUCAGUAUUUGUUGGAAAUCGAGUUGAAUGAAGCUGAUGCGCCUCACACGUCAAAAGCAGUAUUAGACAACUUACGUUCGUCAGCUCUAGAACUGUGCGAUCUCUACCUAGCUCCAAACAGGCCAGCCGUUAUGGGUCUACCGGAGAACUGUUAUGCGGAACUCGUGAGGAAAAUAACUAUGGAAGGCGAAGAGUUCACGAACAGCCCUGUGAUAUGCUUUGAUGAAGUCCAGAAGUGUGUUUGUGAUGCUUUGGAGGAUGACCCUUCAUGGCAAUCGGAUUUUAUGAUGGAUAGCGAAGAAGGGUCUGAAAAGAGCAGUGAUCUAAAAAAGGACGAAAAGACCGACACGAGGAAAUACAGCGGCGAUGUGUUGCCAGUUCCUGGUACAAGGCAUAAUAGGUCGAGGUCGGAUAUAGUUGGAAAUCUGGCGCAGAGGAUGAUCAAUGAAAGUGCAGGUCCUUCCAACUUAACAUCAGCAAACUGCAGCAAUUUAUCUCUAUCUCACUCAGAAAUAAGUAGAAAUGCGAAAAAUUUGAUGUCGCCUCUAUCGGCAUGCAUUAUUGAAACCGCGUUAGUACAAGACAAGGGAAGGGCGUUUGGAAUAUACGCCAUAGCUGUUACUAGACUAUCGGACAACGAAAUAUGGCAUAUUUACAGAAGAUAUAGUGAUUUUUAUGAUCUACACGCGUCUAUUAAAGAUAAGUGGCCAGAGUUGAGUAGUCUUCCAUUCCCAGGGAAGAAAACAUUCCAAAAUACUUCUAGAACAGUAUUAGAAAGUCGGAAACGGAUGUUGAAUAGUUACCUUCAAACAUUAGCAAGUUUGUCGAGAGACGCUAAAUAUAUGACGUUGCUAUCUCCGGACUAUUUAGGUGGAUUUCUUAGUCCUGAAAAUCAGACUGAGAAACAUAGUAAUACGCUUGAUGCACUUCUUGUGAACUCUUUGAGAGCUGGCAUGAGGACGUUGAAGAAUAUGCCUGAUCAGUUCGCUAAUACAGUCGAUGGAGUAAUGGAUGGUAUUUCAAAAGUAUUCCAAGGCAAGAGUGACGAGAGUUAUUAUGACGGAUUUAAAAGUGGUAAUUCUUCUGAUGGACAAGAGGAAAAUGACGAAAGCGUAGCUCUGAAGUUAUUUGAAGAAGUUUUAGGUAUAAGAGGGUUAUGGCUAAGAAGACGCUUGCUUGCUCCCAUAAGGACACUGAUUGCAGAUAGAGUUAAUAAAAAGGUGUUAGAAUUUGUGUCGUCACUAACUUCGCCUCGAAACGUUGUCCAGUAUUUGAAGACAUUCAAACAGUGGUUGACCAGUCGAAACGGCUCGAGUUACGGCAACAGAGACGCUGCAACCAAAGCUAGGACGAGAGUGGCCGCUAAAGUUGCAUUGCUUUCCGCUUGUUCAGAUGAUUUGCGACACAUAGUAGGGUCUGAUACAGCAAGAAGAGGUUUGCUAACAGUAUUCGAUCUUUUUCAAAAUCAAGAAAUUAAUAGAAGAUUGAUAUUUGUGCUUCUAGAAACAAUGCUAACGAAUUUGUUCCCCGACAACAAUAUACCAGAGUUAUUCAAGAAAAUGUACUCACAUUCACCACGCGUGCCUCCGCCCAAGAAAUCUGUUAAUGUUUAGAAAAAUGUUAAUUUGUUAUUUAUUUAUUAUUUUAAAUUUUAAGCGUUGUACGUCACGAUUAGACGUCUGUCUGUGAUUCGUGUAGGUGUCAUGCCGUUUCAUGUUUUGAAAGUCUUCUUAAGACUAAUAUGCUGAUUAAUAAUUGUAAUUGUCUGUGCCCACGCCAUCUUGAAAUGCUACUCCACUAUAGAUAAAAUUGUCUGAAAUAGUAGUGAUUCUCAUGCUUCAUGUCGCCAUUUGAUAUUAUUAAAAUCUCUAAGGUAAGUGAGAAAAUGUCCAAUUGUACCAACGAAUGAAUUUUGUACAGAUUGUUUUAUUUACGUAUUGGUGUAAAAAGGGCCAAGCGUUUGAAGCGCCAUCUCUUGAGAUUUAACGUAAACAUUGAUAUUAAAAUUUCUUUAUUUAAAAUAACGCCAGCGCAUUUAUGUGGACGAAGUAAAUAAAAUUGUAAUAUUUAGUACAGUGCCAAAGACAUUAGUCAUUUCUUUAUUGGCAAUGUUAUACGAAAUUGUGAUAUAUGAAAGUGUACCUAAAUUGAAAUUCUAAAUAUUAGAUUUUCUUCUUUAUUAGUUAAAAUCAAUUGCUAAUUGUUAGGUAAAUAUACAAUUACAUAGUUAAUUUUACUAUUUUUUUUAUGUGAGGUUGAAGUUAUCUAUAUAUGUAUAUGCGAGUAGGUAUUUUUCGAAUUUAGGUACCUAUGUUGGAUCAAAUAAUUAUGAUGCUAAUGCUUCUGGUUCAGAAUGAAAUAGGUUGAAAGCACAUAGAAAAUUGUUGUGAAUAAGAUGCAUAAUCGUGCUUUUCCUAAAGUCCCUGGUCAAAAACACAUCACCACUUUUUCAAGAUGGAAUAUAAAUUGUUUACUUUCGACCAAUAUUAUUGAGUAAAACAGAAGCUGUAAAAAUAUAUUCCUGAUAAUUGUAAUACCUAUUUGAGUAAAUGA